UCGAGCACUGGUUAAAAGUGAAAGUGAAGGUGAGCUCGAGAAUAUUGGCUUGAUAGCAGGAAAGCUAAAACUGCUCGGCAAGGAUAUUAUAAAAAACAUUGAUUUGUACAGACUACCGUAUUAUUUAACUGCUUUGUGAGAUUCAAGUCAUUUCUUCAACAGGAGAUUUUGUGAAGGACAGGAGAGGAGAAAAUGGCAGCCGCAAGCAACAAUGAGUUUCAGUUUACUGUUCCAGAAACAGCUCAGAAUGCUGAGGUUACACUGAGGUCUGAUGUCACAGUACCAUGUCACCUGUCACCUGAAAAGAGUGCUGUUAAUAUGGAAAUAAAAUGUGUGUGUGUCUGUAAGACCAGACAGGUGACAGAGGGGAGGAGCUAUAAGGGUAAAGCGAAUCUUGUAAUUCAUGAAGGAAAUGUGUCCUUAUUACUGAGAGACUUCAAAGAAAUGGGAGAUUACCUGUGUCAGGUCAUCAGUCAAGACACGACAGUGGAGGUGACAGUUCAAGUUAAUGAAUUGUUUUUGACAAAAAUAGAUUCUGAUGUCCAACCUGUGAAUCAGCCACCGACUUCUCAAAGCUAUCCUCUGACAAGACAUGAGGAGAAUCAGCUACAAGAGAAAACCCCUCAAAUAAGAAAAAUUGAGAAAAGACCGCUGAAGGACACAGUUCAGGAACCUGAGACACCGAGAAAGACAGAACAGAUGAAGAAAUCAGAUUCUGAUGUCCAACCUGUGAAUCAGCCACCGACUUCUCAAAGCUAUCCUCUGACAAGACAUGAGGAGAAUCAGCUACAAGAGAAAACCCCUCGAAUGAGAAUAAAUGAGAAAAGACCGCUGAAAGAUACAGUUCAGGAACCUGAGACACCGAGAAAGACAGAACAGAUGAAGAAAUCAGAUUCUGAUGUCCAACCUGUGAAUCAGCCACCGACUUCUCAAAGCUAUCCUCUGACAAGACAUGAGGAGAAUCAGCUACAAGAGAAAACCCCUCGAAUGAGAAUAAAUGAGAAAAGACCGCUGAAAGAUACAGUUCAGGAACCUGAGACACCGAGAAAGACAGAACAGAUGAAGAAAUCAGAUUCUGAUGUCCAACCUGUGAAUCAGCCACCAACUUCUCAAAGCUAUCCUCUGACAAGACAUGAGGAGAAUCAGCUACAAGAGAAAACCCCUCAAAUAAGAAAAAUUGAGAAAAGACCGCUGAAGGACACAGUUCAGGAACCUGAGACACCGAGAAAGACAGAACAGAUGAAGAAAUCAGAUUCUGAUGUCCAACCUGUGAAUCAGCCACCAACUUCUCAAAGCUAUCCUCUGACAAGACAUGAGGAGAAUCAGCUACAAGAGAAAACCCCUCAAAUAAGAAAAAUUGAGAAAAGACCGCUGAAAGACACAGUUCAGGAACCUGAGACACCGAGAAAGACAGAACAGAUGAAGAAAUCAGGUGGAAUAAAGCUGUUCUCUGAUUUUGCUGGAAAAACAAAUGGCGGUCAUAAGAGUUUUUUUGACACUUUGGAGAACCGAAUUAAAGAUCUGAGAGAAGUUCCUACAGUGGAUGAGAGUGACAUUUUUCUGGUUUACUGUCCUGUUGUUUCUCGACAUGGCAAUGAUGUAGAAGCAGCACUUAAAAGAUUCACUGACUCUACAGCUUCUAAGCUGAAAGUUCUAGUGGUGCUACAUAACACAUUUGACCCAGAGAAAACUGUACCAGACAGCAGCAGAUGUGUCAACAGGACAGAUAUACUGACAGUGGACUGUCUGUUCUAUGAGGACACAGGAUUACUAAAGUGUCAGAAAAAUGAUGAUGCAAUCAACAAAGUUGUGAACUGGUUAAUAGAGCAGGGGGAGGGGAUAGGUAUCAAAGUAUGUCCACGGCAAGAACUCGACAAAGACAACAGAAAUCCUCAGGGGGAAAACAAAGAAGUGAGCAAACCGUCAAGUGAGAAAGAGAGAGCUUCAAAGACCCUAUCAAUACAGUCGGAAAGCAGAAAAAUCAAACUAUGCUCCAUUCUGUCUGGAAAGACAAAUAUAUCACCUGAGAGGUUUAUUGGCACUCUGAAAAAACAAAUUCCUAAUCUGAUGGAAGUUUCAAUGGAUGAGAGUGAAAUUGUUUUGGUUUUCUGUCAAAUUGUUUCUCGAGCUGGAACUGAUAUUGAAGCAGCACUGAAAAGAUUCACUGAAUGUACAGACUCUAAACUAAAAGUUCUAGUGGUGCUACAUCACACAUUUGACCCAGAGAAAACUGUACCAGACAGCAGCAGAUGUGUCAACAGGACAGAUAUACUGACAGUGGACUGUCUGUUCAGUGAAGACACAGGAUUACUAAAGUGUCAGAAAAAUGAUGAUGCAAUCGACAAAGUUGAGAAGUGGUUAAUACAGCAGGUUGCAAUUAUUUUGCAGGCGGAGAAGAAUGUUGUAAAAGACCAAUUACCAGACACAGGAUUACUGGACUGUCAGAAGAACAAUGAUGCAGUAGACAAAGUUUUUAACUGGGUGAAAAAGAAAAAGGAACAGUUUGUCAACGUAUGUCAAUCUCAUGAAGGUCCUCUACAUAAAAAUGUUGCACCGAAUGACAAUCUGAGAAAAGAAAAUGAAAAACAUCCAACAGAACUCGACGAAGACAACAAAAAUCCUCAGGUGAAAAGCAAAGAAGUGAGCAAACUGUCAAGUAAGAAAGAGGGAACGCCAUCAGUACAGACGGAAAGCAGGAAAAUCAAACUAUGCUCCAUUCUGUCUGGAAAGACAAAUAUAUCACCUGAGAUGUUUAUUGGCACUCUGAAAAAACAAAUUCCAAAUCUGAUGGAAGUUUCAAUGGAUGAGAGUGACAUUGUUUUGGUUUUCUGUCCUAUUGUUUCUCGAGCUGGAACUGAUAUUGAAGCAGCACUGAAAAUAUUCACUGACUCUACAGACUCUAAACUGAAAGUUCUAGUGGUGCUACAUCACACAUUUGACCCAGAGAAAACUGUACCAGACAGCAGCAGAUGUGUCAACAGGACAGAUAUACUGACAGUGGACUGUCUGUUCUAUGAAGACACAGGAUUACUGAAGUGUCAGAAAAAUGAUGAUGCAAUCAACAAAGUUGUGAACUUGUUAAGGCAACAGGCGAAGUCAAUGCGAGUCAAUAAAUAUCCACCUAGAAACAAAUCAACAGUUUCAACAGAUAGGCAGAUGAAACUGGGAUCUUCAAGCAACAGUGAGUCAAAAUUACAUUGUAGUUUUAAAAGUUAUUAUUGUAGUAGUUAAAUAGUUUUAAUUUCUUGUAAAGUGGAAAAUUAGGAAAUAGCUUUCAGUCUGCCAACGAAGAUAUGUAUUCUGUUUUUUUUAAUUAGAACUCAAUUAUUAAUGAACUUCAACAUCAUAGCUUAAUUUGUCAAUAAAAUAAAGCUUCCUCAUUUCUAAAUAUUAUUGAUCAUAUAAACAUAUUUUUACGUAUAAAUAUUGAAUCUAGUUAAUAUAAUAUAUUUAUUUCGGGCUAAUAUAACAGUUUUCUAAAAAAAAAUACAAAUAAAAAUAACACUUACUGUUAAGAGGCCUGAGGGUGUCCAUAUUUAUCUGAAAUGAAGUUUAUGUAUUAUUAGGGCCAUAUUACUAACCCUACUAAGGUUAGGGUUAGGUGUGGGUGUGAGAUUAGCAAGCAAUCAAAAGAAUUAAUGAAGGGAGUCAUAAUCUUGCGCCUGGCGGGGAGAUAAAAUUCGGCACAACACCUUGACUGCAGCUAAUGUUACUUAAAGCACUAUACAAUAAACAAAACUGCAUGCUAACUUCCUGAAUCAUUCUUGAUGAUUGGGGAGAAAAGUUUCAUGCAUGGGCAUUGAGGGGUCUGGUCUUUUUAUGUUAUUUGAGUAAAUCUUAUUACUUUGAACUAUCGUAUUUAUUUAAGAAAAAUGCACAACAUUUAUGAAACAGGCUUAUUAUAAUUUCCUCAACCCAUGAAUCAAUACAGUUUUUAUUAUCAUCAUCAUGAAUAAACAAAUUCCAAACAGGGGGACAACAGAAUAUUUGUAUUAAUAUGACUGUAAUAAGGUUCAAUAAAAGGAAGGAAGGAAGGAAGGAGACGUGAAACGGCGAACAUUUAAAUAGUUUUAAUGAAAUAAAAUGCCAAAAGAGCAUACACACGACUUUAAACCAUAUUUCCGGGCCCGGUCCUCUCUCGCCGGUAGUCCUGACAAUUCGUCCUUUAAUGCCCCCGAACUCCUGAAGGCUCUAGUCACGCCUUCCUCACCACAAUGACAAAAAUAUCUUUCCACCUAAGAACAACAACAUCAGCGAAGACAUCAACUGCAGCAUCAACCUCCUUAACAUCAGUUGCUCCCUGUAAGUUAUUGCAGCCCAUAGUGUUUUAAAGACCCAGUGAAAUCAAAUUGAAUGUUCUUUUAUUAAUAAUGAGUGAGCCUUAAAUACAUCAAUAAAUUGAAAAAAAAUGCUUUAAACGCUAUAACGGUUCAAAACUAAAAAAAUGCACCCUAUUUUGUCACAUCCAUAACGCGUGUUUAUUUCCCAGUUUUUAAAUAGAAAUUUGUUCAUAGACUGACAUUUUUUAUGUUUAGACUCUAUCGACAAGGAUUUAUUAAAAUAUAAACAGAUGGUUCAAUAUAUUAGUAGCAAAUUCAUUCUCUGAGCAUUUUUAUGUAACGCACAUAACGUUGGAAUUGCCCAGAGUAGAAAAAACAAAGUUUGGACAAUUUAAUUUACUUCAGUUUCUAAUCCCAGAGAUAUUAAUAGGUGUAUACAAAACUUUUAUAAAAAUGUUUUUUUCUGUUCUGUUUCUUAUUCAAAACUUGCACACAUGCAAGUGAAUUAUCAGUUGAAGUAAAUGACUGUAUAAGUAAAAUAUUAAAUGUUAUUCAUAGUUCAAGUAAUUGCCUGUGACUCUUAAUCUUAUAAAAGCUUUAUAUCAGUAAGACUAUGAUGUAAUGCGGUUUGUUCUGUUUUUUUCAUUUGAAAUGGGCGUGUGUCUAAUUUUCUUAAAAUAAAAGAAGAUUAAAAAUAUUUUUCGUUUUCAUUACAUAAAUUAUGAUCAUGACAUAGGCAUUAAACACACUCUAAACACCUGUUUAAUUGGCCUGUUAUGUUUGUUUCAUUUGUUUACACACUUGUAAAACUUGAACAUUUACACAUCAAAUCAGAGCAACAACCAUUAACAUUUUGGUUGACAAAAUAUAUUUACCUGUUACUAAAGCAGCUACCACAACUGAAAGUUAGGUUUGGGUUUAUAAAUCCACUGUCUUUCACAGACUUACACGGUUAGCUGAUUAUUUUUGAAGGUCUCUCUAGAUGUAUUGCUUAAAGCUGAUUUUCUCGAAACAUUCUUGUGAGACAAUUAAAAUUAAUACAAAUUACGUACGUUAUUUAAAAUAUUUAUCAAGUGGUUAUGGGUGGUAAGAAUUCAAUACUACACGAAAUUGAGACUGUAAAGGAGCCAUAAAGAAAUAACAUAUUUUGUAUAUAAAAUGUUAUGCAGUAUAUAAAAUAUACAGUAUAUAUAAUGUUAUUUGUUUAAAAUGUUCAUGUUUGCUGUUUCUGUGCUUGUGAAAAUAGAAAAAUAUGUGGAUCCCGUCCACGAAAGACUAAUGGGACUUUACCGGAUAACAAGGGAUGGGGAUAGAGGACGAUAGGGGAUAGAGAGCAUGGCAUUACACAAUGAAAACAAUGCCAUAACAUUUUUCCACAUAAAACACAUUGGUAUGUCAUGAUCCUGCCACAACACUUGAAAAUCAUGACAAGGAGAGGCAGGAUCAUGACAUAAACAUAAUUGAGAUUGUAUAGGAGCUAUAAAGAAACAACAACAUAUACUGUAUAUAAAAUGUCAUAUAUAACAUAUAUAUAUAUAUAUAUAUAUAUUAGUUAAUUUGUUUAUGACGUUC